GCUCAUUACAGGCUUUGAACAGGUGCCCAAGAACUACUAUUAACACAGAAUGUGUUGACUGAGCAUGUGUCUUCAUUAUCAGCAACGCCCGACACAGAUUUUGUGUCAGCAGCCACGGGUACUACGCAGGAAGGGGAGCUUUAGUCAUACACGCCUUGGACUCUGGAGAGUGACGUCCAUUGGUAUUUUCACUCGUGCUUGCUCCCAGUUGCAACCUGCGCCGAUUUUCGUUUGUUGUUGACUGUUAUCAUGCCGAUUGUCUUCACAAGCUCUGAUCGUGUCUUUCUUGUUUUUAAACGGCCUUUAGGAGGAUGAGAUAUGUAAAACUUUGUUUUUAAGUCCUAACAUGGCAGAGUGAAGAGGCUAAGUUUUACUAAGUAAAGUCAAUAAUAGUGAAUACAAAAAUACCCCAGAUAUCAUAAUGAUAAAAACCCUACACGUGACAUUUGUGAAUCAUUUACAUUUCCAAAUGUCUGCAGCUGCUCGCUUACUCCACAGGGGGCGGGGCUAGUCCAUGAGGUAAUCCAAUUGGAAAGCGUCCGGUUGUGUAACCGUGGUUACCAGGGCAGUGGCAUUAUGGUAUGCCGACAUGGCUGCGUGCAGUGGAGGCAUGGACGUCAACAGGAGAUGCUUGUUGGACUUUUAGCGUUGCGACGCGAAUCUGAUGCAGUUGCAGACACAUCUGGACAUUUCCGGGAGGCUUCCGUCGUCAUUGUGUGUUUAAACAUUUGGAUUUUUUUUGUUGUGAGCAGUUUUUUCUGCUCUUUUUGGUUCCGUUGGACCGAGUAGUUUAUUAGCACACCCGUCACGUAACGCUAAACGGAUAUGCUCCCGGUGGACCGCUCAGCAAGAACAAAUCCAACACGCUAUCACAUCGUUACUCCUGUCAGAGCUUCUCCUCUGAUACACGUCACCGAGAGCACGCGCGUAUUGAGCCAAAACCACCACCGCCAUCAUGCCCGGAGAGGAUAAACCACCUCAGCAACAGACCCGCCAGAGGAAAAAAAACAAAAAGUCCCGCUCCAAGGGGAAGAGCCCGGGUGGGAGUCCCAAUGCCCCCCUAGGAGGCGCCAUAGACGACCAAGAUGACCUCUUCUUAUCCCCGGCGCUCCAGCCUCCUCUUAAAAAGACAGCGGAGGGGAAGCCGAAGGUUGCAGUGGCCAAGGUGGAGGAGGAGUCGUCCGUUGCUAUCUGCCUCCAAGUGCUUUUCCCCUACCUGCUGGCCGGGAUGGGCAUGGUGAUGGCCGGCAUGGUGCUGGACGACGUACAGCACUGGAAGGUGUUUAAGGUGAUAACAGAGGUGUUCAUCCUGGUGCCUGCGCUCGUCGGACUCAAAGGAAACCUGGAGAUGACCUUGGCUGCUCGCCUCUCCACUGCGGCCAACACAGGCCAAAUGGACGACCCCGAUAAACAAUGGACCAUGGUGUGCAGCAAUCUGGCACUAAUACAGGUCCAGGCGACGGUGGUGGGUUUCCUGGCAGCCGUAGCAGCUGUGUGUUUGGGGUCGUUUUCCAGGGGGGGGGUUGAACUGGACCAGGCAGCUGUCCUCUGUGCCAGCAGCAUCACCACGGCCUUCGUUGCUGCGCUUUCCUUGGGCCUGGUGAUGAUCGGAGUGAUCAUCGGCUCCAGGAAGGUGGGCAUCAACCCCGACAACGUGGCCACGCCCAUCGCUGCCAGCCUGGGCGAUUUGAUCACCCUGUCCCUGCUGGCCGGGGUCAGCAGCACACUCUACGAGUAUAUCGAUGUAUGGUACCUGUCCCCCCUGGUGUGUCUAGUCUUUCUGGCUCUGAUCCCAAUCUGGGUGGUGGUGGCCCGACGGAGCCCUCAGAUCCGGGAGGUUCUCCGCUCGGGGUGGCAGCCUGUGAUAGUAGCCAUGUCCAUUAGCAGUUUCGGAGGCCUUAUACUGGACAGGACAGUGAGCGAUCCCAACUUUAAGGGCAUGGCGGUCUUCACGCCCGUCAUCAACGGAGUGGGUGGUAACUUGGUGGCCAUCCAGGCCAGCAGGAUCUCAACCUACCUGCACUUCUGGAGCAUCCCCGGGGUGCUGCCCUACAAGAUGAGGCAGCACUGGCCCAAUCCCUGCAUCUCCUUCUUCUCCUCAGGGUUGAACUCAAAGUCGGCGCGGGUGCUUCUGAUGCUGGUGGUCCCUGGUCACAUGGUCUUCCUCUUCGCCAUCUCUCUGCUGCAAGGAGAGGAGGCUCCCAUCACGGUGGCCUUCACCGUCUGCUACCUGUGUGCCGCUCUGCUCCAGGUGGCCAUCCUCCUUUACUUUGCCGACCUCAUCAUCCGCGCGAUGUGGAGGCGGAGCCUGGACCCUGACAACUUCUCCAUCCCCUACCUGACCGCUCUGGGGGACCUGCUGGGGACGGGCUUUCUGGCCCUCUGCUUCCGCAGCGUCUCCCUGGUUCAGAGCCUGGGUCUCUGAAUGUUUCCCCAUGGACAAUAAGGCAAUUGUCACUGGGCCAGUCAACACAAGGAAUUCCUUUUCACAAAAUUUCAACUUUACAAUGACAGAGAGGAGGCAAAGGGGACAGCCACUCAUUUACACCCAACCAUAUCGGCGAUGGAAACAUCUACAAAUCACUUGCAGCUCUCCUACCCGUAUCCCUGUAACGCACAACAGCUGUUUCCUCCACUGCACCUCCAAUCUAACUGCAAUACACAGCUCACCAAAAACGUCCAACAGAGAAGGAGAACAAGUUAAAACAAAUAUUUAGACUCUGACUUAAAUCCCCCACGAUCCAUCAGAAGAACUCUCCAGAAUAUGUUGCUUUUCUUUGCACAUGAAGACAUGUAAUAAAUGUGCCGCAGUAAAGUUCAGGAACAAAGUGUUCAAAGGCAAACAAUUCUAAACGUACAACUUCUGAAAGGGAGAGGUUGUGAUAAAGCUUUGAUGUUAUGACUCUUAGGGCUGAUUAUUUUUAACCCCCCCCCCCCC